AUAAUAUUGCCUCUUUAACAGUGGCUGGCUUCCAUCUUCAACCCUGGUGCGUGCUCUUUAGGGUUGUGCACAUAAACGGCGGUGUCGUUUUCUGUCUCCACUUGUAUACCAUAGCCUCUUAAACCCUUGUUUUAAGGUUCAGUUGUGCGUUUUCCUCUUUUUCAGCACAUCGCAUAACAGCGUCAAUGGUGAAACACUACAGGCCCCCGGGGAAGAAAAAGGAGGGAAAUGCUGCCAAGUUUGUCAUUAGGUCACAAGCACUCAAGCAGCUUCAAAUCAGUCUACCCCUUUUCAGGAAACUAUGCAUUUUGAAAGGUGUAACUCCUCGAGAGCCUAAGAAAAAGUUCAAGGGAACUCAUCAGACUUAUUACCAUGUGAAGGAUAUUGCCUUUCUUCAUCACGAGCCUUUGGUUGAAAUACAUAGAGCGAUAAGAGUGCAUGAGAGAAAAAUAAAGAAGGCAGAGGCUAAGAAAAAUCAUGAACGUGCAAAUAGGUUGCGGGAGAAAACACCCAAACCCAAGAUAGAUAGGAUUAUUCGGCAGAGGUAUCCAAGAUUUGUUGAUGCACUUGGGGAAUUGGAUGACUGCCUUACAAUGGUGCACCUUUUUGCAGCAUUACCUGCAUCAGAGGGUAAAAAAAUUGAAGUGGAGAGUGUCCACAAAUGUCGAAGAUUGGCACAUGAAUGGCAAGCAUUCAUAUCUCGCACUCACAAGUUAAGAAAAACAUUCGUAUCUGUGAAAGGCAUAUAUUACCAGGCUGAGGUUGAGGGUCAGACAAUAACAUGGUUAACUCCUCAUUCACUACAACAGGUUGUAUCAGAUGAUGUCGACAUCAUUACCAUGCUAAACUUUCUGCAAUUGUAUGAGCCUCUUCUUAGUUUUGUCAAUUUUCGCCUCUAUCAUUCUAUAAAUUUGAAGUAUCCCCCAAUACUUGAUCCUCGGUUGGAGGCUUUGGCAGCAGAUCUAUAUGCAUUGUCAAGGUAUGUCAGUGGCAAUACCAGACCCUCUAUAGUAAAUUCUGAAGCCUCUCAAUCUGAACCUGCACAAAUCGAGACCAAGAAAAAUGAGGCAGAGACUGGAACUGAAAAAUCUGAACUAAGACUUGCUCAACUUCAGCAUCAACUUCCUUCUAAUGAACCGGGUGCGCUUAUGCACCUUGUUGAGGAAGUUACUGGUGAAGAUGAAGAGGAUCAAGAUACAAAAGAAUGUAAAAAUCUCUUUAAAACUAUGAAAUUCUUCUUGAGCAGGGAGGUACCAAGGGAAUCAUUGCUUUUUGUUAUUCCUGCUUUUGGUGGUGUAGUUUCUUGGGAGGGAGAGGGGGCACCUUUUGGGGAGUCUGACCAGAGCAUUACUCAUCAGAUUGUUGACAGGGAAUCACAAGGACAUAGGUUCCUCUCAAGAGAAUAUGUUCAACCACAGUGGGUAUAUGACUGUGUGAAUGCACGAAUUAUUUUGCCAACGGAGAAUUAUUUGGUGGGAAGGAUUCCACCACCACACUUGUCACCUUUUGUUGACUAUGACGGAGAAGAAGCGUACAUUCCUGACUAUGCAAAGACCAUUAAGCACUUGCAAGCUGCUGCCAGAAAGGAAGUCCUUCUUCUUCCAGGUGUUGGGAAGGAAGAUCUGGAAGAUCCUCAAAAUCUUCUGGUUGAAGGUAUUAUCAAUCGAGCAGAGGCUAAUGAUGCAGCUCUGAGAAAGCAGAAGAUGAUGAUUCUGGAGCAGCAAUACCAUGAUGAUUUGAAAAAAGAACUUCAAGGUGUUGAACAUACUUCAGCAGGUUCUAAAGAAACAUCUACUGGAGUGGUACAGACUGGAGAAUCAACUACCAUUGUUCAAGAAAAUGAUGAUGACAUGGGUAAACUUAUGAUGUCACGUAAAAAGAGGAAGUUAUUGGAAGCCAUGCAGAUAUCUAAUAAACGCAAGCAAGCUCAGCAUGACCUCAUUAAACAACGGAAAAAGAAAAUAGAGGAAGCUCAGAGUCAGAGGAGUUGAAGAAUUCUGCAUUGAAGAAGGCUAGCUCAUUUUUGUUGUUUGCGACGAGUAAAGGCAGUUGAACUUAUUCUGUCGUUCUUUCUGUUGUGUAACUGAUAUUCUUCAAGGUCAAAAGAAAAAUUCAUUUAAGUACCGGAAGUUUUUAUGACUGAUAUCUUUGUGUGAGACUAAGGGUAUGUUUGGUCAAAGAGGAAAGGGUAGGAAAGAGUUAGAAAUUCAGUUUAGUUAGGAAAAAAGAAGAGCUGAGGGAUUUUAAUUGGACGGGAUGGGUAAUUUUCUUGUUUGAUUUACAAGAUGAGGAGAGAUCUUUAAAAUUAAAUUAUCUUUGUACCCUUAAGAUUUUGAAUUUUCAAAUAUAUGGAUAUUUUAGA